AUGGCGACGACGAACGGAGCGGCUCAUGCAGCGUUCGAUCCCUCAUCCGAUCCUGUACCUUUAUUCCUUGAUGGCAAGACUAUCACAACAGACAGGACUUUCGAUGUGGUAUCACCGAACGACAACAAAGUCUGCUGGAAGUGUUCAGCCGCAAGUGAGCAAGACGCUCUGAACGCGGUGGCUUCGGCCGAGAAGGCGUUCAAGACAUGGAGCAAGAGCAAGCCUGCACAGAGAAGAGACAUCCUGUUAAAAGCCGCGCAGCUAUUGAAGGAGAAAGAGAAGGAUGCCUUUCUGUACACAAACACAGAGACUGGAGCAGCAAACUCUAUGUUUCAAUUUGAGUUCAAUGCAGCUUAUGAAGGCUGCUUGACGAUAGCUGGUCUCAUACCUACUGUGCAAGGCUCUGUGCUCACUCCUAGCGGAGAAGGCAAGUCGGCUUUGCUGUGGCGAGAACCAUAUGGCGUCGUGCUUGCCAUAGCGCCUUGGAAUGCACCACAUGUGCUAGGCAUGCGAUCGUUCCUCGGAGCCAUAGCCAUGGGCAACACUGUGGUGCUCAAGGGACCCGAGGCAUCGCCAGCAACAUAUUGGAACUUUGCUCAGAUCAUGCAGCAAGCUGGCUUGCCUCCGGGUGUCUUGAACACUAUCUAUCACGAUCCUAAAGAUGCUGCUCCGAUCACGAACGCCCUCAUCGAUCAUCCUGCGGUCAAAAAGGUCAACUUUACGGGUUCCACCAAUGUUGGCUCCAUCAUCGCUGCUCGAUGUGGCAAGAUGUUGAAACCCUGUCUCAUGGAAUUAGGCGGGAAAGCGCCUUCGAUCGUCUGUGGGGAUGCAAACCUUGAUAACGCAGCCCUACAGUGCGCAUUGGGAGCCUUCCUACAUGCCGGACAAAUCUGCAUGGCCACCGAGCGAAUUAUCGUCGAAUCGUCGGUUGUCGAGGAGUUCAAGAAGAAGCUAUGUGGUACAAUGGACCAAGUGUUUGGCAAAGAGGGUCCUGCACCUGUACUUGUUAGCUCACCCGGUGUAAAAAAGAACAAGGAACUGCUCAGCGAUGCACUCUCCAAGGGAGCAAGAGCUAUCUACGGUGAUGCCAAUGCCGAAGAAGCCUCGAAUACACGUAUGCGUCCAGUCAUUGUUGAGAACGUCAACAAAGACAUGUCGAUAUAUCACACAGAGUCCUUUGGUCCUACUGUUUCACUCUACUCGAUACCUGCUGGUCCGGAUUUCGAGGAAAAGGCGCUGGAGCUGGCUAACGACACUGACUAUGGCCUAGCCAGUGCUGUAUUCACGGAGGAUCUGAGGAAAGGGCUUAGGCUUGCGAAGGGUAUCGAGACAGGAGCGGUCCAUUUGAACUCCAUGUCGGUUCAUGAUGAAGCAGGCUUGCCUCAUGGAGGCGUGAAGAAGUCCGGGUUCGGCCGCUUCUCGAUGCGCGAGGGAUUGGAUGAGUGGGUACGAAGUAAGGUGGUGACCUGGAACGAUAACUCUCUAUCUGGCUGA